CUGAAUUUUAGGUCCCGUGCUCCGACCUCCCUCCGAUCGUUAUCACACUGCCAAGACGUGCAUACGUCGUUGUCCUGAUGUGACGCGCACGGCUGAUGCACGCCCAUUACGCGGACUCUGACUAAAUCCCAGUCUCCAUCUCGACACCACUCCCAAGGGGCCAAUGAUCUCACCAGCAAGCUGCCGGACUUCCGAGAACAGGUACCUCAUGUCCGUCGCAAGGCUGUCAUCGCCCCCUCGACUAUGAUGGGAGCCAGCCUUGCGUGACUGCAGAUGACCAAGCCACCUGCGCGUGUCUUCUGCAUCGAUGAUGGACGACCGAGCUGCAAUCCCGUAUCGUGAGCCUGGCAUUGUCUCCAUCCUCAUCCUCUCCUCCUUUCUCCUCCUCCUCAACAUCAUCAACCAUCUAUUCAAUCGUCUCGUGUAUUGUGGACUCGUCGGUCAGAUACUCAUCGGCGUUGCAUGGGGCACUCCCGGAGCUGACUGGUUGACGCGAGACUUUGAGGAUGCCGUCACAUCUCUGGGCUACUUAGGUCUGAUCUUGAUUGUAUAUCACGGUGGACUAUCCACCAAUCUCCGCGCAUUGAAGAGCAACCUGUAUCUGUCCGCCGCCGUUGCAUUGCUUGGCAUCGCCUGUCCCAUUGCUCUUUCAUUCCUCCUCCAACCACUGCUCAACGCCACCCCGUUACAGGCCUUCGCAGCCGGUGCCGCCCUCUGCUCCACCUCUCUCGGCACCACCUUUACCGUCCUGGCCGCAUCGGGCUUGAGCGACACUCGACUUGGUGUCGUACUCUCCUCCGCAGCAAUGAUGGAUGAUGUUGUCGGCCUGAUCAUGGUCCAGGUCAUUUCUAACUUGGGCGGAUCGAGUUCCGAUCUUAAUGCCAUCACCAUCGUUCGGCCGGUGCUCGUUUCGAUCGCCUUUGCAGUCAUCAUACCGCUGGUAUGUCUUUACGUAGCCAAGCCGAUGCUGCUGCGAUUCCGCAUUCGUCCGGCUGAGGGACCUGGGGAAGCCGGUAGGCUACGACAUUUACUUUCUUCCCGCCAGGCGCUGUUCAUGAUCCAAACCGUGCUUCUUCUGGCAUCGGUCACCGGUGCUACUUACGCCGGUACUUCCAACUUGUUUGCGGCCUACAUUGCGGGCGCAGUGAUUACCUGGGGCGGCGAUCUCUACUCGACUCGUAUGAAGCCAGCGGCAACAACUACUACUUCGAAGCCUGCAGCUCGCACGCAAGGCUCCACGGUAGCUGCAGGAGAUACAACGCCUCCGGCAACAGCGAAAGAACAGAAUGAAGAACGCACAAACGACCUCUCUGGCACGGCAGUAUACACUCGCUACUACAGCCAAGUGGUGGACUACGUGUUGCAGCCCAUGUUUUUCGCCUCCAUUGGCUUCGCCAUCCCCAUUCGAGACAUGUUCCGUGGCGAAGUGGUCUGGAAGGGCAUCGUGUAUGCCGCAUUGAUGACAGUGGCCAAGACAGUCUGCGGACUCUGCUUGCUUCCACGGCCAUCUCCAUCCUGGACCAUCGGCUCGGCACUCUCAAAGCUGCUGAAGAGUACUUUACCUGCAAGAGUGCGGACAUGCUUCAUCUCACGCAAACAGCCUGAACAAAGGAGAGAAGAUGCAACGAAGAGCAAUGCAAGCAGUCCGACAGCCGUGCAAGCUGCAACACCACCACCUAAGCCGAAGGAUGCUGCGGCCUCCGCAACUACCAAACCCCCAAACCCCGUCCGUCCCCCUCGCUCCCUUUACCCAGCAGCCAUCAUAGGCUGUGCCAUGGUAUCGCGAGGAGAAAUCGGCUUCCUCAUCAGCUCCAUCGCGGCAGCGAAAGGUGUAUACGGCGGCAGCAACACAUCAGACCUGUUCCUCGUCGUCAAUUGGGCAAUUCUAAUCUGUACGCUUCUUGGCCCCUUGGCCGUCGGAGUGCUGGUGAGACGGGUGCGACGACUGCAGGAAACGCAGACGCGGCUGCAGACGGGCAGAGCGGAUGCAUUGGGGGACUGGGGGGUGGUGUCGAAGGAGCGAUAAUUUCGAUUCCCAUCUACCCCCGCUACAGAUAUUCUGAUCGUCGUCGUCGAGUGGGAAAAUGUUUGCCCUGGGCAUUCACGUGCACUCGUGUGACGUGCCGUGCGGUGAUGAUGUCGGCCGCCCACCUUUUUGCUGUUUAGCGAGAUACGAAGGAGAGUUUGGCAAUCCUUCCGAAAGGAGCAUGAACAGGAGUUGCGUGCAUGACGAUUUGAUGAGGAUGAUUCAGCGUGGAUAAUUGAUUGACAUGCAGGUGUCUACUCUACUGCAUUGAGCAGCCCACU